UUUAUCGUUUCGUAAACUCUGUCCCUCGCCGGCUGCCGUACUGGACUACAAUUCCGCCGCGGACUACAUUCCCCAUGAGUGACGCGCGAGUAGCGCCGCUAAACUCUCCGCAAGCAACACACAAACGAGACCAAUAAUCACAAACGACCGAUUUCGGAGGAAGAUGAGGGUGAAGGAGAUACUGAGGGCUGCAACACAGGCGUGGAGUCCUGCGCCACAGCACCCCACGUACCUGGCCUUAGGGACCGCGGCGCAGCAGCUGGACGCGUCACCUGUCAACACCAGCAGCGCUCUCUGGAGAAUCUUCGUCGAGAUGGACUUCGCCGAUACAUCCCUGGACAUGAAGCUCAGAGGAACCCUGCCCACUUCCAACAGGUUUCACAGUCUGAUCUGGGUGGCGUUUGAUCCGGAGGGCUCGUCCGGGCGGCUCAUCGGAGGCAGUGAGAGCGGAAGCGUCACCGUCUUCAGCCCCGACGCUAUUCUCUGCGCGGGAGAGGACGCCGUGAUCGGACAGUCCCACAAACACACGGGCCCCGUGCGCGCACUCGACUACAACCGCUUCCAGAGUAACCUCGUCGCCUCCGGAGCCAGCGAUUCAGAGAUAUACAUCUGGGACUUGAACAGCUUCAGUAAUCCCAUGACGCCGGGCCACAAACUCUGUGAGCCGGCGGAGGACGUGAGCGUGGUGGCGUGGAACAGUCAGGUGCAGCACAUACUUGCGUCUGCUAACCCCAGCGGGAAGGCCAUCGUCUGGGAUCUGAGGAAGAACGAGCCCAUCAUCAAAAUCAGUGACCACAGCAACAGGAUGCACUGCUCGGGGAUGUUGUGGCAUCCAGAAGUGGCCACUCAGCUGCUCCUGGCUUCAGAGGACGACAGACUCCCGGUCAUACAGAUGUGGGACCUCCGGUUUGCCACCUCGCCUCUCAAAGUCCUGGAGAGCCACACCAGAGGAGUUCUGUCCAUCUCGUGGAGUCAAGCCGAUCCGGAGCUCCUGCUGAGCAGCGGCAAAGACAACCGGAUCCUGUGCUGGAACCCAAACACCGGAGAGGUGAUUUACGAGCUGCCGACAGCCAAUCAGUGGUGCUUCGAUGUGCAGUGGUGUCCUCGUAACCCCGCCCUCCUGUCGGCCGCAUCGUUUGACGGACGGAUCAGUGUGUACUCUGUGAUGGGAGGACGUCUUCAGCAGCGGCAGCACAGCACGGUGGACCAGAUCUCGGCCUCGUUUGACAGCAGCGACCCGUUUGGGACCGGUCAGGCUCUUCCACCUCUGCAGGUUCCUCAGCCCUCGGAGGAAACCGUCAUCGUCCCUCCGCUAAAGAAGCCGCCCAAGUGGGUGCGGAGGCCCGUCGGCGCGUCCUUCGCUUUCGGAGGGAAGCUGGUGACGUUUGAGAACCCUACAGCGGCGGCUCAGCAGCAGCCAAUCGCACGACAGGUGCAGGUGAGUCAGGUGACCACAGAGACGGAGUUCCUCCAGCGUUCGGCCGAGCUGCAGGCCGCUCUACAGUCCGGAUCCUUCACCAGCUUCUGCCACGACAAGAUCAGGAGCGCCCCGUCUGACGCCGAGCAGGACAUAUGGAGGUUCCUCACGGUGAAUUUUGAGGAUGAGGCGCGUGUGAAGUUUCUGCGGCUGCUGGGCUUCAGUAAAGACGAGCUGCAGAGGAAGAUCUCGGCGUGUUUGGGGAGGAAGCUUCAUCCGAACGGUGUAGACGUGAAUGAUCUGGCGGAGAAGAUGCAGACGCUCUCUGAUCAGAGAGCAGAGGAGUCCGGCCGCGAGUCUCCGGCUGAUUUCUUCAGUCAGCUGCCGAAGAAAGAGAAAGACCGAGCGCCCUUCCAGAUCCCCGUGUCCUCGGAUACGGACGGUCUGAUCAGUCAGGCUCUGUUGGUGGGGAACUUCGAGGGCGCCGUGGAUCUGUGUCUGAACGACGGACGUUACGCCGAGGCUAUCCUCCUGUCAAUCAGCGGAGGGGAGGAGCUACUGAAGAAGACCCAGCAGCACUACCUGCAGCGACAGACCAACAGCGUCUCCAUGCUGAUCUCGUCAGUGGUGACGCAGAACUGGCGUGAUAUCGUCCAGAGCUGUGAGCUGGAUAACUGGAAGGAGGCGCUGGCGGCUCUGCUGACCUACGCUAACCCCGAGGAGUUCGCUCCUCUCUGCGAUACUCUGGGCUCUCGUCUGCAGGCUGGAGGCACAGAGAAGCGCUGUCUGCAGGCCUGUCUGUGCUUCAUCUGCUCGGGGAACAUCGAGCGUCUGGUGGAGUGCUGGACGUCGCAGAGAGACUGUUCUUCUCCGCUGGCGCUGGAGGAUCUGGUGGAGAAGGUGAUGGUCCUGCGCAAGUCGAUCGAGCGUCUGCGUAACGGUGAGUUUUGUGUUCAGAGCUCAGCGCUGACCGAGAGGCUCGUCCAGUACUCCAGCAUCCUGGCAUCUCAGGGCAGCCUGACCUCAGCGCUCCGCUACCUGCCCGACUGCCCAGACCAGGCUGGUGUUCAGAUGUUGAGAGAGCGACUGUCACACGCCAAGGGUGAGAUCCUGCAGAGACCGCAGCCGUCUGCACCAGCAGGUGGCGCUAAAGUACCGGCAAACACACACACUCCUGCAGCACACACACAGGGGCCGUACGGGGCCGCAGCUUCUCCUCAGAUGCCCCGUCUCUUCACUCCUCAAGCACGUCCUGAUUCUGCUGCUCCUCCUGCUGGAGCAUCGCGGCCGGGCCUGAGACCCGCCUACCCACAACACCCUGCCACAGCUCCGGGGUUUAAGCCGUUUGCUCAGUCCGGUCCUCUUGGAGCUCCGAUGGGUUUCAUGUCCGGCCCGUCGAUGCCCUGCUCUCCACCGGGUCCCAUGAUGCCGGCUCCACCCCCCCCAGGGUUCAUAUCACCCACGUCUCUGCCGGGUGGCCCGGUGCCCUUGUUUCCAGCCGCUCCUCACGCACAGGCUCCUGCGCCUCCUCCCGCCGGGGCCUAUCCUCCUCUCGGAGCCGGGUAUCCUCAGGGCGGCCCCGGAGCACCGGGGGCCAAGAGCUUCAGCGCCGGCAUCCUGCCUCCACCAACAGGUACCUUUCAGGAGGGGUGGAACGACCCUCCAGCUGUACGCGCAGGACAACGACAGAAAAAGUUGUUGUUGAACUACACUCCCCCUGCUCCAAUCACAGCACCGGUGAUGGGUUUCCCAGCAGAGGCUCCCGGUCCUCAGGAUCGAGUCCAGGUGCCGCCCGGAGCCCCUCAGGAGCCCAGCAUACAGUCCUUACAGCAGCUUCCUGCCGAGCACGUGGAGCAGAAGGAAAUCCCCGCCGAACACAUGAUCCUCAAGACCACCUUCAGCAGCCUGGUGCAGCGCUGUCAGCUGGCCGCCGCCGACCCGCAAACCAAGCGCAAACUGGACGAUGCCUCGAAGCGUCUGGAGACUCUGUACGACAAGCUGCGAGACCAAGCGCUGUCUCCCAGCAUCCUCGGCGGGCUGCACGAGAUCAGCCGCUGCGUCAGCGCCCGUAACUAUCAGCAGGGUCUGGAGGUUCACACGCAGGUGGUGAGCAGCAGCAACUUCAGCGAGAUCUCUGCCUUCAUGCCCGUCCUCAAAGUGCUCAUGACCCUCGCCAACAAGCUAGCCGUGUGACUCCGGCGCUCCACGGCCGAUCAGCUGUGCUUUAAGAAUGAAUGCAUCAUUAAUAUCCUCCGCUGCUGUUCUUCUCAUGCGUUUGGGAUUUCCCUUCCAUGCAGCAGGCCUUAUGCAUCACACAACAAGCAGAACCACUUUCUGUGUGGAUUUAUUCAUAAAAAUAUUAUUGCAUUGAAUUGAAUGCAACGGUUUGCCUGAAAAUAGGCCUUAAGACAAGCAAAACCAAUUUGUGUAAAUGAAUGCAUUCAGUUCAGUGUGAUAACCGGCUUUUUUUUUUUUUGUGAAACACAAGUUUUCUGUGGAAAAAAAAAACAUUCGCGUAAAUUGUGUUGAAUUGAAUGCAACAGUUUGCUUAAAAAUAUGCCUUAAAACACAUGCAGAAUUAAUUUAAUUGUAAAAAUCAUUCUUGCAUAAAUUGUUGCAUUCAAUUCAGUGUUAGAAUGUGUACAAACAAUAACAUUCUGUGCGUAAUUGUUCAUUUAAAAAAAACAAAAACAUUAUUGCAUUGAAUUGAAUGCAACGGUUUGUCUAAGAAUAGGCCUUAAAACAAGCAGAACCAGUUUGUGUGAAUUAUUGCAUUCAGGUCAAAGCGAGAAUACCAUGCAUAAUUGUUAUUGCAUAAAUUGUGUUGCAUAGACUGCAAUGGUUUUCUUAGGUAUAUUUUGGCAUUCAACUUUAUAAUUGUUCAUUAAAAAAUUAUUGCAUAAAUUGCAUUGAAUUAAAUGCCAAUGUUUGCCUCAAAAUAGGCCUUAAACACAAGCAGAAGUGAUUUGUGUAAACUGUUGCAUUUAAUUCAGUGUGAAAAUGUAAGGACGCAAGCAGAAAGACUUCGUGCAUAACUGUUCGUAAAACCAUUGCGUUGCAUUGGAUGCACAGGUUUGCCUAAAAAAGCCUUAAAACAAGCAAAUGUGCAAAUCAUUUGUAAAAUAAUUCUUAUGUAAUUGUUGCAUUCAACUCAAUGUGAGAAUCUACUCAAGCAGAACAACUUUCUGAGCGUAAUUGUUCAUAAAAAAAAUGAAUGCAUAAAUUGCAUUGAAUUGAAUGCAACUGUUGGCUUAAAAAUAGGCCUUAAAAAAGCAGAACCAAUUAUUGUAAAUCAUCAUGUAAAUUAUUGCAUCCAGUUCAGUCUACACAAGCAGAAGGAUUUUCUGUGCGUAACUGUUCAGUAAAAGUUUUGUGUAAAUUCAAAUUCAAUUCAAAGAGAGAAUGUAAGAAUGUGAUUUUGUCGUGAUUCGUUCUGAAUGCAUUUCAUGGAUGAGUCCAGAUCUUUUUUUAUUGCGAGAGCAGAAAAUUCUGGCGCUGUCUGCAGUUUAUUCAUCGUGAUGAUAGUUAGUGGACGAGGUUCAUUACUGACUGACUUAUGAAUUCCAUGUUUUUUGAUUUGAUUGAUUGAUUUGUGAAGGCUUGUUUUCUGUCUGAGCUUCAUUAAUGUCCUUCAAAAGCAUUGCAACAGAUGAAUGCCACUGAAUUCUGCUGAAGUGAAUGUGAUGAAACCUGGAGAGAAAGUGUCCAGCUCUUAUUUCACCCCAAAAUCAAUGAAUAAAAUCAAGAAUAUAUAUAUAUAAUUUUUUUUUUUUUAAAUUGUCAUUAAACAUUAAUGGUCCUAAAAAAUACUCUUAUUUAUUUCUGAGGUGAAAUAUGGCCUGGACAGCUUUUGUGAGAUCCUUCAGUACUUUAACAGAGCAGAGAAACUGAAUGUAACUAAAGGGUUAACCUGCUAAACUGAGUUUAUGUUCUGGUAAUGAAUCUUCUGUUCUGUGUAACCGGUUCAUUCUGAGGUCUCGACUCAAACUCUGACAUGCUUGAAAACACUUGAAGAAAAAUAUACACCACUUUCAUAAAUGCUCAGUGUGUCACAGCUAUUGAUUUUCUUAAGGGGCAUAUCAAGCAAUUAAAGGAUAAUAAAAACAA